CCGGCAGGUUGGGAGCCGCGGGGACCCGACCACGUCGUCGGAGGCUCUACCUCCGACAGAGGCAGCAGCCCCCACCCCCGCUCUGCUGACGCGCCCCCAGAUCCCUCCAGCUCCCCUUCCGGCCCCCAGUGCUGCUCAGUGCGGCGAAGCGCGGCCAGCGGCCGCCGAGGAGAGCAGCCAGAAGUCACGAAGAUGCCCAUCCUGGAGAAAGCGCCCCAGAAGAUGGCAGCAAAAACUCUCAGCAGUGAGGAGGAGACUGAGCUGCCCAAGCUCCCAGUGCCCCCCCUGCAGCAGACCCUGGCCACUUACCUGCGGUGCAUGCAGCACCUGGUGCCCAGGGAGCAGUUCCGGAGGAGUCAGGCCAUCGUGCAGCAGUUUGGGGCCCCUGGUGGCCUGGGUGAGACCCUGCAGCAGAAGCUCCUGGAGCGGCAGGAGAAGACUGCCAACUGGGUGUCCGAGUACUGGCUGAACGACAUGUAUCUCAAUAACCGCCUCGCCCUGCCUGUCAACUCCAGCCCAGCGGUGAUCUUUUCCCGGCAGCACUUCCAGGACACCAACGACCAGCUCAGGUUUGCCGCCAACCUCAUCUCGGGAGUGCUCAGCUACAAGACCAUGCUGGACAGUCACUCCAUCCCCACUGACUGUGCCAAGGGCCAGCUGUCAGGGCAGCAGCUCUGUAUGAAGCAAUACUAUGGCCUCUUCUCUUCCUACCGCCUCCCUGGCCACAUCCAGGACACGCUGGUGGCCCAGAAGAGCAGCGUCAUGCCGGAGCCGGAGCACAUCAUUGUGGCCUGCUGCAACCAGUUCUUUGUCUUGGAUGUUGUCAUUAAUUUCCGCCGUCUCAGUGAGGGGGAUCUGUUCACUCAGUUGAGAAAGAUAGUCAAAAUGGCUUCCAACGAGGAUGAACGCUUGCCUCCAAUCGGCCUGUUGACAUCAGACGGGAGGAGCCAGUGGGCCGAGGCCAGGACAGUCCUCGUGAAAGACUCCACCAACCGGGACUCGCUGGACAUGAUCGAGCGCUGCGUCUGCCUGGUGUGCCUGGACGCCCCAGGGGGCUUGGAGCUCAGUGACACCAACAGGGCGCUCCAGCUCCUUCACGGCGGAGGCUGCAGCAAGAACGGGGCAAACCGCUGGUACGACAAGUCCCUGCAGUUUGUGGUGGGCAGGGAUGGCACCUGCGGCGUGGUGUGCGAGCACUCUCCGUUCGACGGCAUCGUCCUGGUGCAGUGCGUGGAGCACCUCCUCAAGCACAUGAUGAGCAGCAAGAAGCUGGUCCGAGCUGACUCCGUCAGUGAGCUGCCGGCCCCCCGGAGGCUGCGGUGGAAAUGCUCCCCCGUAAUUCAAGGCUUCCUAGCCUCCUCGGCAGAAAAACUUCAACGAAUAGUAAAGAAUCUUGACUUCGUGGUUUAUAAGUUUGACAACUACGGGAAAACGUUCAUCAAACAGCAGAAGUGCAGCCCCGACGCUUUUAUUCAGGUGGCCCUCCAGCUGGCCUUCUACAGGCUCCAUUGCAGACUCGUGCCCACCUAUGAGAGCGCAUCCAUCCGUCGCUUCCGGGAGGGACGGGUGGACAACAUUCGAUCGGCCACUCCAGAAGCACUGCGGUUUGUGAAAGCCGUCACAGACCACGAGGCUGCCGUGCCGGAUUCCGAAAAGCUGCUGCUCCUGAAGAGUGCCAUCCGCGCCCAGACGGAGUACACAGUCAUGGCCAUAACAGGGAUGGCCAUCGACAACCACCUGCUGGGGCUGCGGGAGCUGGCCCGGGACGUGUGCAAGGAGCUGCCGGAGAUGUUCACGGAUGAGACAUACUUGACGAGCAAUCGAUUCAUCCUCUCCACCAGCCAGGUGCCCACCACCAUGGAGAUGUUUUGCUGCUAUGGGCCUGUGGUGCCCGACGGGUACGGCGCCUGCUACAACCCCCAGCCCGAGAGCAUCCUUUUCUGCAUCUCUAGCUUCCACAGCUGCCCGGAGACCUCGUCCACCAAGUUUGCGAAGGCCGUGGAAGACAGCCUCGCGGAGAUGGGCGGCCUCUGCAGCCCGCCACCGUCCGCUGCCAGCAAGCCGCUGGUGACAAAGGAAAAGUGCCACUAACUGUGACUCCCACCACCACGUCUGCUCUCCCAGCCUAGCAUUCUGCAGCUGCCAGACCCUUGCUGAACCCCUCUCCCAAGCCUCACCCCAGCUUUCUGCAGCUCCCCUGUCCUCGGGGCCCCAUGUGCAGCACAGCGAGAUCCCCCAGAGCUGAGUGUCUGCAGGGGAAUGUCCCUGUGCGCAGGAGUGUCCGUAGCUACAGACGGCGGCUGGCCGGGCCCUGAUAACAUUGCACAGGAGAGAAGAGCAGCCGGGCUCAGGAGGGGUCAGGUGAGGUGGGACGGGCACGCUGACUUCCCUCACUUGCUGCCAGCAGGACCUAGCACGGCUGGGUCAUGUUUUGCCCAACGGAAGGAAGAAUGAGUCGCCUUAUUAAAUGCAAUGUACCUAGUGAAUCAUGAGGGAAGAGGCUAAUCCAGGUCAUUGCCUCCUUUCUUUUGCGGAGAAGUAGGGGCUUUGUUUUCGGAUGCAGAGCAGUCUAAUCAUUCACAGGGCCUGCGCUGAGCUCACAUUUAGCUGGAGAGGCUGUUAAGAGCACUGCUGUGACAUCCAUUUCAAGAAAUGAUCGUGGUGGCCCCAGCAGGGCAUCCUUGAGGAUGCUGUCCGGGGAUUCUGACUAAACCCAUGUGGAGGGCCCAGGGCAGGGCUCUCCCCCGGUCUCGGGGCUGAGGGGCCAGCGGGCCGGGAGGGGGACCCGCCACAUCCAGAGCCAACCCUGAUGGAGGGGCAGACAGUCACAGAACCUGAGUAGAGCUUGUCCUCGAGGCUGUGACCAGCGAGGAGGUCUCCCCGCCGGGGCACGUUUUAUGGGAAAUCAAAAGGACACGGAGCAGGGAGAACAAUCAAACUGCACAUCGCUGAGCAGCUGCCUCUGUCCAGAGGAGGCUCCGAGUUCAGCUCUCUCCACUGCGGGUUCCUGGGUGGGGCGGGUCCUGAGAAGUCACCCCGAACCCCACCUGCCCAUCCUGCUGUGCUCUGUGCCGUUCUGCGCACCCACUCUGGCCCCUUUAUGGGCCGCUGUGCGUGCUGCCUGCACCUCAGCCCGGCUGACACGGGCAGGGCAGAGAGGGGGCAGGCACUCUGACCUUUGCUCAGCUCUUUGAAAACACAAGCAGCCACAAGCAGUCAAGUCCUUGAGGCCCAGGUUUUGGAUUGAGGACUUGGGUGGGAGAUUCCGGCACUGCUCAUCGAAGUCAUUGGUCUGUAGGUGCUCGCUCCUGCCCUCAGACAGCACCUUCCUGCUCCCGUUGGAUGUGGCAGCCAAGAGUCUAGGGCACACCGGGGGAGCUGCUGCCCCUCUGUAAGCGGACCCAGAGCCACUGGUCUGUUCUCACUGAGGACCACCCUGCAGACCUGCCUUCUCUUCUGGUUUCCCUCCGAGGAUUUCUGGGCAGAGAUCUCCGGUCUGGGGCCCAGGGAGCCUCCUCACAGGGGAACGAGAAUGUGCCAACCUUGUGAGGCUGUGAGGAUGGUAGAUGGUGUGUGAAGGGCCUGCACAGCAGGUGGGCACUGGUGCCCACUGUCAGGAUGGGGUUUCCCCAGUGGGCACUGUUCGAGGGACUUUUAUUUCAAACUCUUAUACUGAUUUGACAGAAUCAAACUCACACCUGCCAUUCUUUGAGCUGAGGAAGGAAACCGACUCUAUAUCAGGUAUCAGCCAUGUGUUCUGGGGGCUUCCCGAAGUGUGAAGGGCCAUGCAGGGGGGGUGGAGGGGAGGGGCUGGGAGCUGGUCUUCCGCCUCCAAGCACAGGUGGGUGCACAGAGUCUUUCUGCAAAGGCGACAGUGAGCCAUGGUCACGGGCAUCUCUGUGGGGACCCUGGUAAAGGAGACCUCCCCAGAGAGAAGGCAAAUGCAACCUAGAGACAGUCAUUUGGGGGGCAGUGCUGCAUCAUAAAAGUGCAUUUGGCCACCUUACAAUAUGCUAUGUUGCCAAAACAUGUCGUUAUUUGAGUUCUAUUUUUAUAAGAUAGUUUUAGAUUUAUGGCAAUAAUCAUAUGUGCAUUUAUAGCCUUUCCAUUCUGAGUUAUAGUUUUGUGCUUUAAAUAAAUCUAUAUAUGACUAAAGAACUGUAUAUUUAAAACACUAUAUUCAAAUUACUUAAAGACUAUAAGUCUGUAUUCAAUAAAAAGUAAU